AGUACCCAUUUUCUCUUCUCAAUUUCUCAAGGUACCUAUUUAUCUUCUCAUUACUCACCCUUUCUGCUUUUCUUCAUCCACAUCGCAUUUCUGCGUCAAUUUCUCUUCUCUUAAACCCAUUCAUACCUUCAUCAUACAUCUUUUUAGGGUUUUCAAUCUGAUUUCCUCUUUUAAAGUAGCACACGCCCUCGAUCUGAAUUGUGCCGAGAAAAUCAUGGUGGACGCAGCAGAACGUAGAUACUUGGAGGAUGAUGAUUCAUCUCUCAUGAAAACUAUCAAGGGCGCAACAACUGGUUUAGUGGCUGGAACUAUCUGGGGUACUGUAGUUGCCACCUGGUAUGAUGUCCCCCGUGUCGAGAGAAAUGUUGCUCUUCCAGGGCUGAUUAGGACUAUCAGGAUGAUGGGCAACUAUGGUUUGACCUUUGCUGCCAUAGGAGGAGUCUACAUAGGUGUAGAGCAGUUGGUGCAGAACUAUAGGAUGAAGAGGGAUUUAGUCAAUGGAGCUGUUGGCGGAUUUGUUGCAGGUGCAACUAUUCUGGGUUACAGAGGAAGGAGCAUCAAAACUGCACUUUCUGCUGGAUCAGCAUUGGCAUUCACAUCUGCAUUCCUUGAUUUCGGUGAUCAGACAUUAAAACAUGAUGCUGGGAAGGAGUAUGCGGCUUACACCACAAAGAAAAGACCCAGUACUGAUGCAUAAUUGUUAAUGUAUGCACUUUUAAGAUCGAAGACAUUUCAAGUUGAUAGGAAAGAGUGGAUCACUCUUUUGUUGACCCAGUUGUUUGUUUUGAGUUGGAAUUACAUACUCGGCUAUCUUUCCAUAUUUUUCUUUUGUUAAGUUGCUGGUGCUGAACUGGUUAAAUUCCAAUAAAUGUGCUAUUGUGGGUUAAUCUAUAUUACAUAAGUUCUCCAUAACCGUAUAUUACUCAAUA